UGCUGUAAUCUUGAUCUUGUAUUAGUGCUUCACUAAAACAUCGGCCAACGUGAACUGAUCAGCUUCGUAGUUGAGGAUUACGCACCGUUAUUAACAGCAGUGGCAGUUCUUUCUGUUCGCAGCUCGAGCUCUCCAAGUCCAUCCGUUGGUGCUCCCAAGUGAACCAUUCAAGAGAUUCCCCAACAUGAUUCCACGGAGAAAAGGAACAAAAGAUAGAAAAGCAGGAACGAUACUGUCACAAAAGGAACAGCCAGAUGUGUGCCUGGAAGGUGAUAAAUCUGUUACGUGCAAAGCUCCUCGGAUUUGGGUACCAUCCAUGAGGCCGGACGAUGGUGUUCAUGAUCAGUUCGAGUUCGACGUUUUCCUGAGCUUCACUCGGGAAAGCGACCUCCUUAAUGGCUUCACUGAAGGUCUCUGCGCAGCCCUCGAGCAGAGAGAUGUGCGUGCCUCUUUUGGGGAGCAGGAAAAGAGUUUGGAUGAUGCGGUGGGUCAGAAGACGGCGGCGGCGGCAAAAGCGCUCAGGGCAAUCGAGGUGUCGGAGAUCUUCUUGCCCAUCUUCUCCAGGGGAUUUGCGGAUUCCAAGCUCUGCCUUACGCAAGUGGCGGAGAUGGUGGAGCGCAGGCGCUUGAUACUUCCCGUGUUUUACGGCGUCGAGCCUCGGCAAGUCAGGAACCAGAAAGGCCCCUUCGAGACCGCGUUCAAGAAGCAUGAAGAAAGCAAAGACUUAGAUGAGAAGACGGUGGAGAGAUGGAGGGAUGCUCUGAGAGAAGUUGGGGAGAUCAAGGGAUACGAUAUGCAAAACGAGGCUGAUGGGAAAGGAGGCAAAAUCAUUCUGUUGAUUGUGAAGGAUGUUUUGGAUAAAGUGAAAAAGGUGGCAUUGGAUGUAGCGAAAUAUCCUGUUGGGCUUGAUUCUCGUGUGAAACGUAUGAUGAAGUUGUUGGAUGUGGAAACCCCUGGCCUUCGAAUGGUUGGCAUCUAUGGGAUGGGCGGAGUCGGGAAGACAACCCUCGCAAAGGCCGUCUACAACAGAAUCUCUUCCAGGUAUCAAACUAGCUGCUUCUUUUCAAAUAUCAAAGAAGUGUCGACAAAAUUUGGUGGGCUCGUCGCACUGCAGAAGCAACUCAUCUCUGAGGUUCUGAAUGACAAAUUUGCACCCAUACAUAGUGUGAGUAACGGGAUCAACCUAAUCAAAAGAAGAAUACACAGCAAGACUCUUCUUAUUGUCCUUGAUGAUGUGAGUGAUAUUAGCCAGCUUCAGGCUUUGGCUGGUGAACGGAAUUGGUUUUCUCCGAGAAGCAGGAUCAUCAUUACGACAAGAAAUAAGCACAUACUGAAUUUGCAAGGAUUGGAAGAAGAUGAGACCUACCAACUUGAAGAAUUGAAUCCGAAGGAAUCCCUUCAUCUAUUCAGUUAUCACGCCUUUGGAACUGCCAAACCAAUUGGGAAAUAUGUGGACUUAUCCAGAAAGGUUGUAAGGGUUACUGGUGGACUUCCCCUGACGCUUGAAGUUUUAGGGUCUCUUUUCUUUGACAAGAAUGGCUCGAAAGAAUGGGAGGACCUGCUGAGGCGAUUGAAAAAGGAUCAAUCGAAAGAUGUUCACCUGAGGUUAAAGAUAAGUUAUGAUGGACUGGAUGUAAAUGAGAGGCGAAUAUUUCUAGAUAUUGCGUGCUUUUUUAUUGGGAAGGGCAAAGAAAGCGCGAUCCACAUGUGGAAAGAUUCCCACUUCUUCCCAAUCAUUGGAAUCAAAGUUUUAUUGCACAAGUCUCUAAUUAAACUUAACAACGACGAUGAGUUUGAAAUGCAUGACCAGCUUAGAGAUCUGGGCAGGCAAAUCGUUGUUGAAGAAAGCCCUUCCAACCCUGGACUGCGUAGUAGGCUUUGGGAUUCUGGUGAAACCUUGGAAGUGUUACGCAACCUACAAGGAACGAGUAACAUUGAAGCUAUUGCCCUUGACAUUGGGAAGAAAGACCUAACAGAUUUAAGAACUGAGGCUUUUGCUGCAAUGUCCGGGCUCAGACUGCUACACAUUGCCAAUGUGAAUUUUGCUGGUGAUUUUGCUUGCAUUCCCAACAAACUAAAAUGGUUGAAAUGGGAAGGAUGCCCCUUCAAGUCGUUUCCUUCUGAGUUUAAUCUUCAGGAAGUUGUUGUGUUGGACUUACCUUUUGGCAUGGUCAGUGAGGUUUGGAACCGAAACGUGUCGAUGAUCAAGGCUUUUGAUAGAUUAAAAGUGCUCAAUCUGAUGGGCUGUGAGCAUCUUACUGCUACACCAGAUUUUUCUAGCACUCCUCACAUAGUUAAAUUGAUAUUCGAUCGAUGCUUUCUGUUGGCCCAAGUUCAUGAAUCCAUUGGGUGCCUCAAGAAUUUGAUUUGUGUGAGAAUGAGUGAUGGCUUCCAACUGAAGGAAUUACCCAACAGCAUUUGUGAAUUGAGCUCGCUUGAAACACUUAACCUUCACAGAUGCUCCAAAGUUUCAGCAUUGGCGAUGCAUGUGGGGGACAUGAAAUCAUUGAAUCGUCUCAUACUUGACCAGACAAAAAUAAAGACACUGCCUGACUCCAUGAGACAACUGAAGAAGCUCAAUCUACUAUCUCUAGAUGGGUGCAGGUCACUGACAGAGCUUCCUGAAUGGAUAGGAAGCAUGGAAUCUUUGAGAAACCUGACAUUGCGAGGCAGCACCAUGGAAAGAAUUCCAGAAUCUAUUGGGCAUUUGACCAAUCUAGCAAGACUAAAUGCUGAACGUUCUAGUAUCGUCGCUUUGCCCCAUUCUAUUGGCAAUGCGAAGAACCUGAGGGGCAUUUAUGUUGAUUAUACAGCAACCGGGGAGGUGCCUGAUUCAAUCGGAUCACUGGAAAGACUUGAGACAUUAUCUUUAGAUGGUUGUAGUCACAUUAAAGUUCUACCUUCUUCUAUUGGGCUUCUGAAAAAUCUUGCAAAAUUAUCAAUUUGUCCAGAAUUAGGAUGCACUGGUAUAAGAGAACUCCCUGAAUGCUUUGGAAGCCUCACUGCAUUGAGACAUUUAUACAUUGAUAAUAAUGCUGAGCUUCUCAGAGUUCCUUCUAGUUUUUUCCAGAUCAAUUCAUUGGAGGUUUUGAGUGCCCGUGGCUGUAACUGGCUAGAAGGGCUAGAUGGGAAUGAUGUUAGUAAAUUGUCCUCAUUGAAAGAGUUGAACUUGGCAGACAGCAAUUUCUGCACCCUACCUUCUUUGGCUGGCUUCUCUUUUCUCAAGAGUCUUACUUUGAGAUUAUGUGAAAGACUUUUGUCAAUUCCUCAGCUUCCAUCCUCCUUAGAAGAACUUCAUGCAAUGGAUUGCUCAGCUUUGGAAAUUAUCUCUGAUAUUUCCGAUUUGAAGGUUCUGAGAGUUCUAAAACUAGAUGGAUGCACGAAGCUCCUCGAUGUUCAUGGCCUUGAAAAACUGAGGUCCUUGGAGGAUUUGACAUUGCAUAGCUGCAGUAACCUUUCUCAUGCUCUAAGGGACAGAAUUAAGGAAGCAGAGUUUGAGUACUUAUCUCACUUCACGAUUUCUGGAAUUCUGGGUCUUCACCAGACUAAACCUGAAGGACUAUCUUUUGUUCUUCCCAAAAUGUUCGGAUGCAACUAUCCACAGUUGCAAAUAACGGGCAACUUCAAGGACAAGAAUGCUACAGCUGUUCAUAUCGAAGUCAUGGUGGCCAGUCGUUUGCUUUUUGAGACAACACGUGAACCUAAUCUUCAGCUUGAUGACUACUGUAUAUGCUACUUUAAAGAGGGAGACGAGAUGCUGAGGCAUGUCGGAGAUGGGUAUAGGGUGAUGCAUGUCUGGAUAGAUGGCUUCACCAUGGCGGGAGCCACCAUCUACAUGGCGACUGUCGAUAGCUUUUAGAACCUCUACAAAGAAUCCAUGUGUAACUAGAUGCAGAGCAAAAGCCAAGGCAGUAAUAAGUUCUCUCAGCUACUCGUAGUGGGUGCGCCUAGACUUGAACAAGCGGCAAGGCUCCAAAUUAUUGUCUACAUACGAUUAAGUAGAUCUCUUUUUUCACAACCUACAACUACAAAACCAUAGUAAUCAAGAGACUGAUGACUAUUUGCUUUUCUCCUGCAUUUAUCUUGAAAUUAUUUGCCUCAAUUCUUCAGGAAAGGAAACAAAUUUUUAUUUGCUUCUUAACUCAGCCUCCACGAAGCUGUGAAUUGGCUUUGUAUAUUAAAAUGAAUUGUUCUUGCUCGUUUGAAACAUUA